GGGGAGGAUGGGUUUGAGGUUGGGAGUGAGGAUGAGAGUCUUGAUGAGGACGACGGGGAAGAGGAAGAGGAAUUGGAUGAUGGAAUGGACGACGAGAAUGCGGAAGUCGAUUUCGAGGGAAUUGAGGAUGAUAACGACGACAUGCUGCUUGAUUUGGACGGCGAAGAUGACUUUGAGGAUGAGGAUGAAGAGUCAUCUGAUGAAGAACCCACGGGAGUGUUUGUUGAAGAUCCGGACAAACUUAAUGAUGGAUUUUUCUCGAUCGACGAGUUCAAUAAGCAAACGGAAUUUCUCGAACAGCAAGAUGCAAAUGCUGAUCCAUACACCGGCGAAGCAAGCGAUGAAGAAGAUAUUGAUUGGGACGCCAAUCCUCUUACCAUGCCCAUCAAAGCUGCGUCAAGUUCGAGACGGGCCGCUGCUAUGGAUAUUAACGAUGAAGAAGACGAAGAAUCAGCAGAGGAAGAAGAUGAUGGGCCCACAUUUGGAAACAUGGAUCUCAACGCGCCAGAUGGAGAAAGUGACGAGGGAGAGGAUGCGGAAAUGGACGAGGACGAUGACCCGGCUGGUGACAACACAAACGACAUUUUAUACAAAGAUUUCUUCGAGCCGCCACCACGCAAAGCUGGAAAGGGGGAACGACAAGCGAAUUUUCUGGAAAGACAAUCAAAAAAGGUUAAACUUGCUGACCCUGCUGACGAUGAAGCUGGGAUUGAACGAGCUAUGGCCGAUGUUAGACGAGAUCUGUUUGAUGAUUUUUCAGACCAAGAUUCUGGCGAUGCACUAUCAGAUGUUGAUGCGGGAGAUGUUAAAUCUAGACGAUCGGCACAUGAACGUCGACAGGCCAAACUAUCAGAAGAAAUACGUCGUUUAGAAGCCGCUUCAGUCGCAAAACGGGAAUGGACCCUAUCUGGAGAAGCUCGAGCUGCUGAUCGACCUCAAAAUUCUCUGUUAGAACAGGAUCUCGAUUUUGAGCGUACAGGAAAGCCAGUACCUGUUAUUACGGCCGAGGUCUCGGAGAGUAUUGAAGAGUUGAUCGAACGUCGAAUUUUGGCACAAGAGUUUGAUGAGGUCAUUCGUCGACGUCCAGAUUCUCUAUCUACUCCAGCAAAUACCCGUCGUGGGGCCUUUGAGUUGGAUGAUUCCAAGCCUCAGCAAAGUCUCGCGGAAAUGUAUGAAGAGGAGCAUGUCAAGAACAACAACCCAGACACUUAUAUCAGCAAAGCCGAUGAGAAAGUACGUCAAGAAGAAAAGGAGAUAGAAGCAUUGUGGAAGGAUGUCAGUGCUAAACUCGACGCAUUGAGCAGCUGGUCUUAUAAGCCAAAACCUGCUGCUCCAAGUUUGACAGUUGUUGCGGAUGUUGCGACUAUCAGUAUGGAAGAUGCACAACCUACCACGUCUGCUGGUAUCAAUGGUGGCGAUUCUAUGCUGGCGCCGCAGGAAAUCUACAAAGCUGGAAAAGAAAAGGAUUCUGUUAAUAAUGGAGAGAUUGUACUCAAGAGUGCAGCUCCUGUGGCUAGACAAGAGAUGACUCGGGAACAGAAAUUACGAAGGAGAAGAAGAGAAAAGGAGAGGAUUAAGAAGAGAGGUGGGGAGGAGAUUGGGAAUUGGGUAGAGUCGAAGAAGACCAAGGGAAAGAGGGAGAUGGUUGGGGACUUGAAGAAGGGUGGUGUUAAGGUCAUUAAUAAGAAGGGAGAGGUCACGAAUGUGGAUGGAAAUAAAGUACAGGAUGCUAGGGCGAUGAAUGGUGCUGGUGGGUUCAAGUUGUGA